GGCAGCCUGAGCCUGACAUCCCGUUAGAGGUCGCAAACUCGCCAAGCAAAUCCCCAUGGCGGCGCAUGCGCUGCCGUUCCUCCGGUGGAGCCGGAGCGCCGCCUCCCUCCGCGCGCGCUCCUCCACCACAGCCGCACCGCACUGCCUCUUCUCGGCCCUCCGCCGCCCCUCCGCCGCCGCCUGCUGCGAGGCGGGCUCCAAGGUCAUGCUCAAGGGGAUGGACUACUCGGAACUCGAGAAUUGGGUGCAGGCGCAGGGGUUUCGGCCAGGCCAGGCCAUGAUGCUGUGGAAAUGCCUAUACGGGAACAACGUUUGGGCUCACUGCCACGACGAGCUAACUGGUUUAAACAAGGACUUCAGGAAGAUGAUAACCGAGCGUGCUGAUCUUAAGGCAUUAACUGUGAAGGACAUUCUCACUGCAUCAGAUGGAACCCAUAAGAUACUGUUCUCUCUUGAAGAUGGCCCAGUGAUUGAAACAGUUAUCAUUCCUUGCGCUAGGGGCAGGACAACUGUCUGUGUUUCUAGUCAAGUUGGUUGUGCCAUGAACUGUCAGUUUUGCUUCACUGGAAGGAUGGGUCUGAGAAAACAUCUGUCAACAGCUGAAAUUGUUGAGCAGGCUGUGUUUGCUCGUAGGCUAUUCUCUGAUGAAUUUGGAGCAAUUACUAAUGUUGUAUUUAUGGGCAUGGGUGAACCAUUUCACAAUAUUGAUAAUGUAAUAAAAGCCUCAGCAAUAAUGGUUGACGAUCAAGGUCUUCAUUUUAGUCCUCACAAGGUUACUGUAUCCACAAGUGGUCUUGUCCCUCAGUUAAAACGCUUCCUCCGUGAAUCCAAUUGCUCCCUGGCCGUCAGUCUUAAUGCAACAACGGACGAGGUUAGAAAUUGGAUAAUGCCCAUAAACAGAAAGUACAAUCUUAACAUGCUUCUUAGCACUUUAAGGGAGGAGCUUUGCCUCAGAAAGAAUUACAUAGUUCUAUUUGAAUAUGUUAUGCUUUCUGGAGUGAACGACAGUAUGGAUGAUGCAAAGAGGCUUAUCGAGCUCGUCCAAGGGAUCCCUUGCAAGAUCAACCUCAUCUCUUUCAAUCCCCACACUGGUUCCCAAUUCAAGCCCACACCGGAUGAGAAGAUAAUCGAGUUCCGAAACGUUUUAAUUCAAGGUGGCCUUAUAGUUUUUGUUCGGCUCAGCAGAGGGGAUGAUCAGAUGGCUGCCUGCGGGCAGCUAGGAGAGCCUGGAGACUACCAGCUGCCUCUGCUCCGUGUACCCGAGAAAUUCCAGGUCGCCUUGUGAAUUGUGACGCAUGGUGAGCAACUUGAUGAAUACGUUAAGUAAUUGGCUUUGGAUGGAGAUUCGAUCAACUUGAUGAACACGUGAAGUAAUUUGGUUCGGGAUGGAGAUUCGAUCAUGCAGUUACUGGAAGUUAUGCCAUCUCCGAAGACUGAUCUGGAAUUUUUCGAGAUGGUAUCGACGUGGUUGGUCCUUCAUCUGAGCCUGGAUAUGUAAGAACACAUUUCGAUAUGGGCACAUGAUGCUUCUGCCGAUCCGGUGUAACCUAAUCGAGCAUUUGAUAAGAGUUAAUAUAAGCUGGGUAUUUGUCACAUCUGGUUCCCCACAUACUAAGGUUGUAGCAGACUAGCAAGUUGUGUUGCAUUUCGCACUCUGAUAUCAUGCCAACGCCGUCCGACUCAGGAAAAGCUAAAGCAUUGCGUCGUGCAACUUUGGUCUUUGGGUGCGUGACACUUGGCGUUUCCGCGUAGCCCAUCCUGCGGUCUGAGUCUGAAGUCGCCAAAGCUAAACUCUGCUGUUACUGGUGAUUCGAAAAGCUUGGCUUGGAUCUUGGAAUGAACCUAUCUACCAGCGAUCAGGAGUGGCAGAAAAGAAUCUGGGAAGGCCUGCAAGGUUUUGGCUUGCCUGAGCGAGAUACCUUAACCACUAAGGCGUGCAUGGCACCACCAACUCACCUGGCCACCCUAGCUAGAAGGUAAGAGAAAAGGGAAAGAGAAAUCUAUCACGAGCCCCCACCCGGAUCAAAGCGCCUCUGAUCCUUUCUCAAAAGCAACUCCAUCACGCUGCACAUCAUGGGGCGUCUUUAGCACUAUAAGCUGCUGCCGAACUGGUAGGCACGCUUACACGAUCGUCGCGUUUUGCCUUUAGCGGGAGCCCCGGGCGAUUCUAUUCAUCGCGCGCGUGAGUGCGUGAUGAGCUGUCGCAGAACCCGUCCACCCCGCCCUGCAAGUGUGUGUUGCUGUUAUAUCUCUUUUUUUUCUUCUCCGGAAGUCCAUUACGGUCCAUUAUUACACAUGCAUGUGUGUUUCUGAUGCCACGCAGAAGACAUCACCCGGAUAUGUAGAAUAAUUUCGUGUAAAUUCAAGUUCAAAUAUGAAACUCAUAUUUUCUAUACCAAUUAGUCCAAUAAAA